CUGGCGGUUGGGCUUGUUUGUGGUGGCUGAUACCUUGACCUGUGUGGCCUGCACGUCCGCGCCACCGCCGGACGAAGGGUCACCGGGGCUCCGCGUGGGCCGGAUAGGCCAGAGACCGUGGAGAAACUGACCCAAACCCGCCAGCCUCGGCGGGAGCCGCCCAAGGCCUUCAGAGAUGGUCCCAGAGGCGAGGGCGCCGCGGUGCGCAUGCGCGAUUGUGUGUACGCUUGUCCCCUGUGUGUCUGUGUGUGACGGUAUGGUAUGAUCCCGACUCCAGCGGCGUGUUCCUGUGCGUGUGAGGCCUGCCCUGCGUGCCACUCCAGAACUUUGUGCCGGUGCGAGCGUGUAGCUAUGUGUGUCACUGUGCGUGUAGGCCCGCCUGUCCCAUCUGUGCAUGAGACUUCAUGCGAGUCCGUCCCCAAGUGUCACCACAUGUUUGCACGUGCCUGACCCUAGCGGCCUGUGCCUGUGAAUUUGAGCAUUUGGGGACCUCUGCCUAUCUGUGACUUUGGGCAUGUGUGGAACUUGUUCUCCUAGGUGGGUGUGAGGUGUAUAAUUCCACACUUCCUGGCUGUGCAACUGCGUAGGGUGGCUGGGUGGGUGUGCCUGCCAGCAUGGAGCUGGAUGGUCAGGGUGUGCCUGAGUGGAGGGCUGUGCACAGGAUAUUGAUGAGAGACACUGCGAGGGUGGGGGUGCUGCGUGUGUGUGUGUGUGUGUGUGUGUGUGUGUGUCUGUUAGCGCGUGGGGGAGACCCUGCAAACCUGCGGCUCUGUACAUGUGCGGAGCUCUGCCCACCGCAUGAAUCUGUGUGUGACUAGGGGUGCCACUGUGGGUGGUGACCCAGGCCAGGCCUGCCCGUUGAGCAGGGCGGCAUGUGUGACUUUGUUGUGUGUGUACCCAUGUGUGCAUGGGCAGGCGUGACCGCAGACGUGCUUGGAGUUGAGUGGGUGUGCGAGACUGCCUGCCUCCUUGUGUAUGGGAAGGACUAUGCCACAGCAUAUGGGUGACUGUGUAAGGGCAUCUGAGGGCCAAGGCAGGGGAUGGUAUAACAGUCCCCCCCCGCCCCGUGUGGUUGCAUGCAACUCCAUGUGUGUGUCUGUGUGUGAUGUGACAUGUGUCUGCCUCUGAGCAUGUUUCUGUCUCCCUUUUGGUUGCUUGCUUGUGCACCUGACUGGCCCAGGUGUACCCCACCCUGAAUCUACUUACCUUCCCCACGUGCACACAGAGGAAACACCCUGCGUUCUUGCUUCACCCACCCACCUGCGCCUGCCCCAGCAUCUUCCUUCAGGGGUCCCUGUUUCUUUUUCUCACAGAUGCUGACUGGACCCACUGAGGCAUGUGUGGCCACGGCAGGAGCCACAGCCUGAGUGACAUGGACAGGACCCGAUGCUCCCAAACCCACGAGUAACGAAGAUGUGAAAUCGAGGCAGCAGCUCACAAAGCCGGGAUGGAAGGACUCUUGACGGUUGCCGUCCAGCAAGACUCUGAGUUGGAAGAAACCCCGAAACACGAAGGUCAUUUCAGGGAUGGCCGGGAGAACCAGGAACGUUGUUUGAAGCAGGAGGUCCACGAGGAAGACCCCACUGAGGACGGCGUCCCAGAGCAUGAUGAAUGCACCAGAACCCCCAGGACCAGAUCGAGCCCCACAACUACCCAGGCUGACUGCAAGCCCCAGAGGCGCGGUGCACCAAGAAAGAACCCAAACCAGAAGAACACAGACGCCAGUGCAGAGGAGGAGGAGGAACGAGGUGGUGGCACCAGAAAGCCGUGGAAGUGUCAGGACUGCGGAAAGGCCUUCAGCUACUGCUCGGCCUUCACCCUGCACCAAAGAACCCACACGGGGGAGAAACCGUUCUCCUGCCCCGACUGCAGCAAGGCCUUUAGCCAGAGCGUGCACCUGAUGCUGCACCGGCGGACGCACACGGGCGAGCGGCCCUACACAUGCGGUGAGUGCGGCAAGGCCUUUAGCCAGGGCUCCUACCUGGCAGCGCACCGGCGCACACACACGGGCCAGCGGCCACACAGCUGUGUGGACUGUGGCAAGGCUUUCAUGCGCCCCACGCACCUGGCGCAGCACCGGCGUGUGCACACAGGCGAGCGGCCCUUCGCGUGUGGCCAGUGUGCCAAGGCCUUUCGUAACCGCUCCUCCCUGCUGGAGCACCAGCGCAUCCACACGGGCGAGAAGCCAUUUGUGUGUGCACAGUGCAACAAGGCCUUCCGCUUCUCCUCGGCGCUCAUCCGCCACCAGCGCACGCACACUGCCGAGCGGCCCUACGCCUGUGGCCAGUGUGCCAAGGCCUUCACGCAGAUCACGCACCUGGCGCAGCACCGUCGCGUGCACACGGGCGAGAAGCCCUACACGUGCCCCGAGUGCGGUGCGCCCUUCAGCCAGAGCGCCUCGCUGGCCGAGCACCGGCGCAUCCACACGGGCGAGAAGCCGUACACGUGCGCACAGUGCGGCAAGGCCUUCACGCAGGUGUCGCACCUGAGCCAGCACCGGCGCGUGCACACUGGAGAGCGGCCCUACGCCUGCCGGGACUGCGGCCGCGCCUUCAGCAACCGCUCGCACCUGGUGCAGCACCACCUCGUGCACACGGGGGUGCGGCCCUACAAGUGCCUGGAGUGCGGCGCCACCUUCAGCCACGUGUCCUCCCUAAUUGAGCACCAGAAGGUCCACACCGGAGAGAAGCCCUACCGGUGCAGGGACUGCGGCCGUGCCUUCAGCCAGGGCUCGUCGCUGACGCUGCACCAGCGCACACACACCGGCGAGCGGCCCUACGCGUGCCCCAAGUGCGGCAAGGCCUUCAGUAACCGCUCCUACCUGAUCCAGCACCACAUCGUGCACACCGGGGAGAAGCCGUACGAGUGCAGCGGCUGCGGCAAGGCCUUCGGCUUCUCCUCCGCCCUCAUUCGACACCAGAGGACACACGCUGACGAAGGUGGGGGACACCUUUGCCCAGUUGCCACACCUGACUCAACACCUGAGCUCUGACUGGGAGGAGGAGCCUGUUGACGGUGGUGGUCCUGCAGAAACCGUGGUGGACCAGCCCAAGAAUGAGGGCUGAGGGCUGCCAGGGCCUCCUGUAGGCAGGCACCCCACUGAGCCUUUUAUACCUCGUGCUCGGGCUCUCAGCAGUAGCGGGUAGAUACUCUACCAUCCCCAUGUUGCCGAUGAGGAAACCAAGGCUCUGGGAGGCUCCGUGGGGUGCCCGAGAUCACACAGGAAGGAUGUCACAGGGUCAGGACUGGACCUCGCAUCUACCAGGCUCACCUCCACCACCUCCCUGGUUCAAAAUUCUAAUUGUGACCCAUGAAAGUAGACCUGAAGAUAUAUCUGUGGGUCUCUGGUCGUCCUUUUGAUCAUUUUAUGACUGAGUAGACAUUUGGUCCACACAUUUAAAUAAAUAAAAGGUUCAGUUCCUUUGGUGCAGUUGGCAUGGUAACAGGGAGCAGGGUCUUAAGAAUAAAUGUGGGGACUUUCUGGUGGUGCAGUGGUUAAGAAUCCGCCUGCCAAUGUAGGGGACAUGGGUUCGAGCCCUGGUCCAGGAAGACCCCACAUGCCGCAGAGCAACUAAGC